GGGGUUACAGACGAGCCCUAAAAUACAUGUCCCGAUGUGCAGCUGCUCUUUUCCCCUUUCUUUCUCGGCUCUACCCUCGACCCUUUUUCUAUUUGUCCCCCAACUCAUCUCUUAUCCUCCUUCGAGCUCAGACGACUGUCUUGCCCUCUCUCACUUGCAUUCUCGAAGAUGAAUAGGGAGAGACUUAUGAAGAUGGCUGGUGCCGUUCGCACUGGUGGGAAGGGCAGCAUGAGAAGAAAGAAGAAGGCCGUACACAAGACUACCACUACGGAUGAUAAAAGGCUUCAGAGUACACUGAAGAGAAUAGGAGUGAAUGCUAUUCCUGCAAUAGAGGAGGUCAACAUAUUUAAGGAUGACACAGUUAUUCAGUUUGUGAACCCCAAAGUUCAAGCAUCAAUUGCUGCCAAUACAUGGGUUGUUAGCGGCUCUCCGCAGACUAAGAAAUUGCAAGAUAUUCUCCCUCAAGUACUAAGUCAUUUGGGUCCUGAUAAUUUGGACAACUUGAAGAAGUUGGCGGAGCAGAUCCAGAAGCAGGUGCCUAGUGAUGGUGCUCCAGCAACUGCAGCACAAGAGGAUGAUGAUGAGGUCCCAGAGCUUGUAGCUGGGGAGACUUUUGAAGCUGCUGCAGAGGAGGGUAACGCUAACCCUGCUGCUUAGGAAAUAUAGACAGGGAGUUUGUGCUAUUUUAUAAUACACUUCCUACUUCUUUCUUUCUUUUUUUUAUUUUUUAUUUUUAAAAUUUGUCAAGUUCUUGCUUUUGUAGGUUAUAACUCGAUCAUUCAUCUUAUUUUCUAGAGAUACUGGAUGGUUCAGAUCGACUUUAUAGUUUCUGAGCAAUUUCUGAUUCGUGGUCAGUAUUUUACCAUUUUUAAUUGCAAUUUUUAAAUAGUUGUAGACCUCAAAUCUGUUGUUCUCCCCUCUCUAAGCCACCGAGACGUGUAGUAAUGCGGACAAAAGCAAAACAGAGCGUAAUAUGGUUGGAUUUGAGCUCAAAUUAGCCAUGAACUAGUGUCGUUCCUGUUUUAUUCUUUUUUUUCUUUUUUUUCUUUGCUAAAGAUGGAGUCCUGUAAUAAUGAAAUGUGGAUAUUGGCAUUAAAAAUUUAUAUCUUUGCUGUUUUUUUGCAUC